GGAGGUCAUUGGUUCUCCAGAACAGGUUAGAAAAUUAUUCAGAACAGUAACUACCUGGUGUUUUGAGACAAAGUAUAUUUAACUGCGAUCUAAAAAUAUCUGCACAAGAAUAUGGAAAAUGAUGAAGUUGUACUUACUGAUAGCACGAAGAAAAUUAAAGCUAUAAUCUUAAUUGGUGGUCCAUGUAAAGGGACUCGCUUUAGGCCACUUUCAUUGGAGUUGCCUAAACCACUUUUUCCAAUAGCUGGGUUUCCAGUUGUUUACCAUCACAUCGAAGCCUUUUCCAAGUUACCGGGAUUGAGGGAAAUCAUUCUUUUGGGAUUUUACCAACCAAAUGAGGCUCUCAACCAGCUUAUUUCGAAUGCGCAGCACGAGUUUAAGGUUUCUGUUAGAUAUUUACAGGAGUUCACAUCACUAGGAACAGCUGGUGGUAUAUAUCAAUUCCGUGACCAAUUAUUAUCUGGAUCUCCGGACUUGUUGUUCGUGAUGAAUGGUGAUGUAUGCUGUGAUUUACCUCUUGAGGAAAUGCUCGAGUUUCACAAAUGUUUGGGUACUGGUGAUCGGUUUCUAAUUAUGGCGACUGAUGUACUUCUAGAAGAACCCUUCCACGGUGUGGGCAACCGGGAAGUGAUAACCGCCCUCAUAUUCCUAACAACAUUCAAGAUCGCCUCUAAAAGCUUUGUGUGUUAUUAGCAAUUAAUUGUAGCAUAAUGUGACUUCAAGGAACAACCUGCAUGGAUUUUGGGCGACACGUCAACAGUCUAUGAAGUUCGGUUGUAUUGUUGAAGACCCCAACACCCAUGAAGUUAUGCAUUAUGUCGAGAAGCCAGCAACGUUCGUCAGCACAACAAUAAAUUGUGGUCUUUACCUAUUUACUCCUGGGAUAUUUAAAUUUAUUCGUAUAGCUUUUCUUGAACAUCAGAAUCAACUAAACUAUGAUUUAAGACCUUCAUGCAAAGAAACUAUUCAUUUAGAACGAGAAAUAUGUCAACCGUUAGCUGGAAGUGGGACUUUAUUUGUUUAUCAUACCAAUCGGUUUUGGAGUCAAAUCAAAUUUGCUGGUGCUGUAAUCUACGCUAAUCGUCAUAUAUUGUCACUUUAUGAAAGAACCCAUCCUCAUCGACUUGCUAAAAUGUCAAUACCAAGUUCAUCAAACCUACAAAUGUUAGAUGAUCCCAUUAAUUCAUCAUUAGUUGUGAUGAAUGGCAAAUGCCAACCGUCGAUUUGUGGACCGAUCAUAAUUGGUCAUGUAUUCAUACAUCCUACUGCUUCAAUCGACCGAACAGCUGUUAUAGGACCCAACGUAAGUAUAGGUGAACGAGCUGUAAUACAAGCAGGAGUACGUCUACGAGAAUGCAUUGUACUCAGGGAUGUUGAGAUUCGUGCACACGCUUGUUGCCUGAAUGCAGUAAUUGGAUGGAAUACAGUUAUUGGGGAAUGGGCUCGUGUCGAAGGUACACCCAAUGAUCCUAAUCCUAAUAAGCAAUUUACCAAACUUGAAGUUUUACCUGUUUUCAAUGUCAAGGGUCAACUAAAUCCAUCCAUUACUGUGAUUGGCUCCAAUGUGGAAAUUCCUCCUGAAGUUAUUGUUCUGAACUGUAUAGUUCUACCACAUAAAGAAUUAUCACAAAGCGCCAGAAAUCAAAUUAUUUUAUGAUAUACAUGUCAUCAAUUUAUAUUAGUGCACAAAUGUAUUUGUGUACGGGAUACAAUAUUGUGUAUACAAUUAAAGCAACUACCAACUAAUUUGUCUCAACUGUUUAUUUUCAUAUGUAUCUAUUAGGCGGUUUGGUUAAUGUUUGAAAAAAAAAAUUAGGAAAGUAUGUACAUUUUUGCUUGAUACUUAUUUCUCGAAAAAAACUAUAUUCGUGACAAGCAUGAUAAUAUUUUCCUUCGGUUAUUUCAUAAUGAUUUAUUUAUCGUUUUGAUCUGUUUUCUUUUUUUCUUGUUCGAAAAAACCCAACUGUAAUUUGAUUUUAAACUUGUUUAUUGUUUUUUUUUUGUUUUUUUUAAAAUUUUUUUUGUAUAAUUGGACUGAUCUUCUUUGUAUCCAUUGGUAUUGUACAAUAGUAGUUUUAAAUAGGAAUGACCGUUUCUAUAUAUUAUUUUAUAAUAUCGUUUCUCAGUUUAAUUCUAAUUCUCUUAUAUUAAUUUAUACGAAAGACAAUAAUUCAUCAUUAUUUAUUAUCAUUGAUUCUAUUCAUUGGUUUGCUUUUUUUGUUUUUUAGUUCAACAGUUUUUUUCUCUCUUUUGUGUUUCUUUAUUAUUGUAGUAUGAUUACGGAGCACUAAUAAACAUGUUUGUUUAACCCUUAAAUAUUGAAUUAAUCCAUUAAAUUGAUGAAGUAAA